AUGAAUAUAUUUAGAGCGGUCAAUACUGUUUCGUAUCGACUCUUUAUAUUCUUGUUGUUCAGUGGACGGAAUCUAGUGGAAUCCCGUGGAUCAUCAUCUACUCGUAAAUCCGGUACAGGUGGAACAGCUACACCUAAGAGUGGUACUCAACAACAAUCUACUCCAGCUGCCAGGACCGGCUCCCACCAACCCAGUGGUCAAUCUGCUAGUAGUCAACCCGCGGGUGGAGCUAGUCUAACAUCUGGUAGCGCUCAAGCUGCUAGAACUGGUACUCAAGGCGGAGCUGGAUCACCAGUUACCACUCCACCAGCUAAUGAAGGUACUGGUACAAGUCCAACAUCUGGUGGAGGAAAUCCAGCCAAUCAACCUAACGAUCUUCAGACAAAAUCACCUCAAAAUAGUUCUGAAGAAUCAAAAUUUGAGGAAUACCACAAUCAUAUUAAACUUUUCAAAGCUGAUCCUAACGAUAACACCAAGACUAUAGAACUUACUACCAGUGAGUAUGAACACAAAUUUGACGUUGACGAACAUAUAUACACUUUCAAAGAUAAUACUAAUUGUAGUUUAAUUCAGAUUGAAGGUAAAGAUUUAUGGAAAUAUGGUUCUACAACACCUGAUACGUCCAAAUCUAAUCCCUCCGAAACUGAUACCUCUAAAUUUAAUGCCAUGUACCCUAAAGGCAUGUCGAUUGAAGAGCAAAUCAUAUUUAUUUAUUUUGAUGGCCUCACAGAAGUUUAUUCUAAAAAAUCCGGAGAGUGGAAUAAGUACGGGAAAGUAAAUAAAGACAUAUCCAAGGAGAAUCUGGCCAAGAGCAGUGAUCCAAAGAAAACGGGAAAUUAA